GAGAGAAGAGCCAAUCCACGUCAGCGUCAUUGCGUCACGAGCUCAUUCAUCCUCCCGCUGCUGCAUGUAGCUGUUCUAAUCUGUCCUGUAGCGUCUAUCAGCGGACGUUCUCCUUAUCUUCCUCCCUUUCUGCCGCAAUCUCUCUCCUCUAUCUUUAGCUCUGUACCACGCGGGCAGCGGCUUAACGCUCUUCUUGAGUUGAAGCUCGCAUCUUUAUUCGUCCGGUUUGUCUCUGUCGGUCGUGUACGUCCAUCCGACCCACACACACACGUGGGAAUGACACUCCGGAGGUUUUAUCUGCUGUCCUGGACUUGAGAAGCGCAGUGAAGGAUGUUGUUUUCCCCGAGCCGGAGCGCACGGCGAGUCCGGGCCUCCCUCCUCCUGCCCGGGGUCUUGAUCUGCGUAAUCCUCGCCGCCGUCGGUGCGAGAAUGCCGGCAAACAAGUGCCCCGAUCACAUAGACUGUGCCAGAAAGGGGCGGCACUUCUGCAAGCCUGGCUCCUCCCACUGUGGCCCCUGCCUCACCCCAUUGAAGGAAGAUGAAGCAGGACAUUGUGUUGCUCGCAGGACACACUCUCCCCAGCACCACCUUCACGGUAUUUCCUCAGCCUCUCAUCCUGACAUUGAUGAAGAAAUCGACUAUCUGUCCUCUGUUAUUAACAAGCAGCAAAUGUCAGAAGUCAAAAAAACAGACUCUCGCUCACAGUCUCCUCCACAAUCGAAGCAGAAGAGUCUGUACAAACCCACAACUGUAGAACCAACGACCAGCGGUCCAUUGAUCCCAACACAGCAGACCCCUAAAUCUCCCCAGCCAGUCACAAACUCGUCCGACCGCCACAGGCCGAUCAUCUCCCCCCACUCUUCCAGAGACAGCCUGCUAGUCUUGAUGAUAUCUUUAUGCAUUAUUGUGGGAUCCAUGGCACUCAUCAUCGCUGCAGUCUGCUGGGUCAGGUUACAGAGAGAAACUCGUCUGGCUCAGAAAGUUGAUUACCCUGCGUUUCAUGCUGCGGGCCCCAAUCAUAAUCAUACUUCAUCUGGGGAUACAACUCUGGCUCACAGUGCUCAGAUGUAUCACUACCAGCAUCAGAAACAACAGAUGCUUUCAAUGGAGAAACAUAAAGCAGAACCUAAAGUCUCAGAGUCUGGGGCCUCAUCAGAUGAGGAGAAUGAAGUGGGAGAUUUCACCGUGUACGAGUGCCCUGGACUGGCACCGACUGGAGAGAUGGAGGUGAAAAACCCACUGUUUGACGACUCCACCUUGCACUCCCAGAGAAAUCACAAGUGACCUGGACACACACACACACACCCCUGCAUACUUUUAGAAUAGGUCUAACACACCUAAAAGCAUUCCUCCACAGGGUGAAGUUGCAUCUGUUACACCACACACAAAUGAAAAAAGAUGACCGAAAAAAAUUGGUGCUGAUGCCUAGCCCUUCAGAACAAAGUGAGAAAAACACCCAAACUAAAGAUACUGAAGAACAGAUGGUAUGUAGUCAUUCGAGUAAAUAAAAGUAAAAGACAGCAGUGGUUAAACAGUUUUUUUUUUUACUCCGAUGCACAUAUAUGAAAUCUGAAAGAACUCUUACACCACAAACUCUCAGUGGAAACUCAGACUGGCCUUUUAAUGCGGUUUCUUUGCACCACAUCUUCAUUCUUCAAAACUGGGGUUUGUUUUCUCAUCUUUUUAUGUCACCUCCUUUUUAAAAUCAUUUCUCUUUAGGGUCGUGUUAGGAAUCUUUAUAAGCAUCUUUUUCAGCUAGAUGUAAUUUUUUAACCAGUCUUCAUGUUUUUGGGCAAAGCUGCCUCCAGAAGCACCUCUUCUGAUUAUUGUGUAUAAGAAAUACACAGUGGUCUCUCAGACAUUUACUGGUGUUAUUUCUCUCUCCUUAUCCAAAUAUUAUUUUCUUAUUGUGGACUUUUGGUUGUCUUUAUCUAUGCUGAUCUAAAACAACAAAAUAUACUUUUUUUUUUAGAUUAAGAAUAGUUCUGUUUCAUUUUUUUU